AUGAAAUAUAGUUGCACAUAUUGUUUAAUACUAACUGAACGAGAAUGCUUUCAAGUACACGAAAAUAUUACAAAAAAGUGGUAUGGUAUAGGUACCUACCAUACCACAUAGUAUGCUAAACUAAUACAUACCACUUUAAUGUAUAGGAGGCUACCACAAUAUAUCAAGUCGACUCGUUCAUUCAUGUGAAAAAGGAAAAUUCGUGAAAAUGACGUUCGUCAAAGGGCAUCAACUAUUGAAUGGUUACCGCGUCACAAGUACCAGGAUACCACGUUAUUUGUAGAGGUGUACUUAAUCGCCACGCGAAUUAUUGAUUUUCAUUUACAACCCCGCUUUAUUUCCUAUCUCAACUAACAUCCCCGCGCCGCGCCGCUUUCCGCGCAGGGGGGUGGAGCCUAUUACAAUCAGGGUCAGAGGGCACGAUGAGGGAUAGAAAAGGGAGAUAGAAAUAUAUGUAUCUCCCCUUCGCUAUUAGAACUGCUCGGUUCAUGAUGUCCUAGUAUUUUUGGUAUUAGAUCGGCGUAACAAUAUUUCAGAGGUAAUCCGCACUUUGUUUUUGUUGUUGAGUGGUUUGUAUGAAGAAAUUCAAUAAACAUCAAUUUAUUAGUCUAACAAAAUAUUUACAACCAUAAUAGUACGUUAUUUCGCUCAUGAUUCCUGUUGUUAUAGAUACGCGUAACAAAAUACGAUUUAUCAAUUUGCGGUAUCAUUGGCGCGUGUUCCAAAUAGGGAUCGUAUUACUUGACCUAUUAUUGUACGCACCGGGAUUGAUUCAGCAACAUCCUGCUCAGUGCCGAUCCAACUGACGACACACGUAGUCGAAGGGAAUCAACAUGAAAACAGUCCUGUUAUUGUGCAUACUGAUCGCCGUAUCCGCUGAAAAUGAGCCCGAGAAACCAGAGUGUGACGGUAUUCACGUUCGGGGAAAAUUCCACAAAAAGGAGGUUUUAGGUCGAGGGCUGAACCGGCCGUACCAGCUCGGCCUACUAAGACACUCUCACAAGAUCUUCUUCAGCUUCAAUGUCGGAUCUGAUGAAGAGGACACCUUUAAAAUCGGCUUCAUAGAGAAGAACCACACCUCGCACCAGGUUCUAGAAGAUGUGGAGAAUGGAUUCGCCCUCGCGGUCGACGAUGAGAACCACGUGGCAUACUUCGGCGGUAGCAGUGGCAUCUACCGCUACCACGACCACCCUGACAACAAGGAACACAAAGUAACGAAGAUACUCCACGACCACAACAUAUGGGACAUGUUCUACAAGAAGCAGCUCUACUUCAUCACGUUUCCGAAACAGCAUCUUUACAAGCUGGACGUACACAAAGAUGGAUCUAAACCGGAAAGGGUGAAGGAUAUACACGAGGAAAUAUACCAGUUCGCGAUCGACGGAGACAAUGAUAAGUUUAUAACGAAUGAGACUGGCUUGUUCAGAAUAAAAAGUGGUUCGAAGCUACGCGUUCACUACAAGGGUGAGACAGUAUUUCGUGCAAUCGAAAUUAACAACAAGGGGGAGGCAUUUUUCAGCGGAAAGCACUGUAUUAGUGUUGCUGAUAAGAAGAAACACGAGCUGGAGGAAAUAGCUCAUGUAAAGAAUAUAUUCGGAUUGGCUUUUGACCACGAAGAUAAUAUCAUCUACUCAGACCCCCACGAGAUAAUCAGGUUGCUGCCUGCAGAGUGCGAGAAAAAACCUCCUAAAUAGAAUUUAUUUACAGAUUUACAGUAACGAAUUUAUGUAAGUUAUAAAUAAGUUCCUAAGCGUAAUAAGUCGUGUAAUUAAUUAAAUUAAAAUUACAGUUCUAACUGGGUAUAUUUUUGUGCAUUUCAUUAAAAUCAAAUAAAAUC